AUGUCUGAAUAAGGAGAAGAAUAACAAGGAGAUGAGCAAUUAGGAGAUGAGCAACAAGAGGAAUAAUAAUAACAAGAAUAACAGCCAUUUCAAAUUGACACUCAAAUUCCUCCUGAAGAUGCCAAUGUCUUCAUGACUCAAUAAAAACUAGAAUAGAAUCAAGUGUGGAAAUGCUUUGAUUUCUUGUUCCCAGCAGGGAAACUAGCCAAGCUUAUCAAAGUUAAUUAUAUGCAACCCAAAACAUUCCCAAUGACUGAAAUACUUACGAAACUGAAAUUAGAUGAUGGAUUGCCUGUUGUCAAUUUUAUUGGUUGCAGACACAACUUUGACAAUCCAAACUCUACUCGUGGCAAAUUCUAUGCUGGUAUUGCCAGAGCAUGUCAUAAUACUGAUGCAGUUAUCAUUGACAAUGGAAUCACUACUGGCAUUGAAAAAUUCAGUCUUAGAAGAAAUUGCACUGUAUCUAUCCUAUUCAAGUAUACAUAGCUCAUUGGUGUUGCACCUGAGUCAGUUGUCUCCUAUCCCAAAUUGAAUCCUACAAAAAUUGAAAAAAAUGAAUUAAGCAAUGGUCAUACACACAUCUUCCUGAUUGGAGGUGAACAUGUUGAUUUAGGAACUGAAGCACUAUUCAAAAUUAAUUUAUGCAAAGCAAUUGCCACUGGUAAGAUCAGCAAGACUUAAGGGAGGCCAAGAUGCAAAAUCGUUAAUAUCCUAUUUGCAGAUUCUAAUGAUUGUUUUGAUGAGAUAAGAGAAGCCAUUAUUAACAAAUUACCUAUUAUUGUUGUACGGGGUUCUCAUCUCUGCAAUCAAUUCAUUGAUCAAGAAAAGAUACUUGAUGCAGAAUUUGAGGAUAUUAUGACUGAUAAAGAUGGAUUCUUUUUCCCACUAAAAAAAUUAGAUUCAGAAGUCAUUGCACAAAUGGUACAUUAUCUAUUGACAUAUACCCCCUCAAAACCUAAACAAUAAUGA